AUGGGGAAGACGAUUCAAGUGUUUGGAUUCCCUGGUGGUGUGAGCGCAGAGGAAGUCAAGAGUUUUCUCGAAAGGAUCACUGGUUCAGGCACGAUUUACGCAAUCAAAGUUCGACAACCUAAGAAAGGCGGUCCGAGAGUCUAUGCCAUUGUCCAAUUCACAGCUGAGAGACAUGCGAGGCUUAUCAUCACGCUUACUGGAGAUCGUCUCUAUUACGGGAGAUCUUAUCUCAAGGCUUUUGAAGUUGAGCAAGACAUUGUUCCGAGACCUCGAGCUUCGUUGCACAACAUCUCCGAUUUGAAGAUGUAUUUUGGAUGUCAGGUCUCACCAAAGAAGUUUUCUGUUCUAUGGAGUGUUCAGAAUGUUUGUGUCUCGUUUGGAACUGGGAUGCGGAAGCUUCAUUUCUCGAUGUCUUGGUAUGAGAAGGAGUAUCGGCUCGAGCUUCCUUAUGAGAACAUAUGGCAGAUCGAUUUGCAUUCGCCUCAGGGAAGAUCGGCGAAGUUUCUUGUGAUCCAGGUGAUUGGUGCUCCUAAAAUCUUUGAGAAAGAGGAUUCACCCGCCAACCUUUUGUUUGGAAUGCUUGAUUUCUACCGUGAUGGAUCUGAUGAGCAAUGGAUAAGAACUACGGAUUUCACUUCGUCUUCUUGUAUCGCUCAAUCAUCAGCGUUCUGUUUAGAGCUUCCUCAUCAUCUCAAUGUUCCUGAUUUCAGAGAGAACUUCGCCAACUACUCAGAGCAUAUCUCCGGCAACUUUCUCCUUGAAUCCGGGUCUAGCUAUUCGUCAAAUGCAAACAAGCUUGUCCCUAUUGUUGAUCCUCCUCCAGGGUUUUACUUGCCGUUUGAGAUCUUGUUCAAAGUUAAUACAUUGGUGCAGAACGCGUGUCUCCCCGGGCCAGCUCUUGAUCGUGACUUCUAUCAACUGCUUGAUCCAAGAAGAUAUGAGAGAGCUCUCAUAGAUCACUCUCUUGAGAAACUCUUUUAUCUCAAGGAAUGUUGCUAUGAGCCUGCUCGAUGGCUCCGCCAAGAGUACAAAACAUGGAUCGCGAAAGGAAAGCUUCCACGGUCUCCUUUGAUAUCUCCGGACGAUGGACUUGUUUAUAUGUAUCGCGUCCAGGUUACACCAACAAGAGUUUAUUUCUCUGGACCAGAGGUGAAUGUUUCCAAUCGUGUGCUGCGACAUUACUCCAACUAUAUCAACAAUUUCCUCAGGAUAUCAUUUGUUGAUGAAGAUCUUGAAAAGGUCCGUUCCAUGGAUCUGUCUCCACGCUCUUCUACUCAAAGAAGGACCAAGUUGUACGACAGGAUUUACUCUGUUCUUCGUGAUGGGAUUGUCAUUGGGGAUAAGAAGUUUGAGUUUCUCGCCUUUUCUUCCAGCCAAUUGCGUGAGAACUCCGCUUGGAUGUUUGCUCCAAGAGAUGGGCUUACGGCAGCAGAUAUCAGAGCUUGGAUGGGUGAUUUCGAACAUAUAAGAAAUGUAGCAAAAUACGCUGCAAGGCUCGGCCAGUCGUUUAGCUCCUCCAGAGAGACACUUAAUGUUGGCAGAGAUGAGAUUGAAGUGAUUCCUGAUGUUGAGAUCAAUUCCUUAGGGACACGCUAUGUGUUUUCUGAUGGAAUAGGAAAGAUCUCAGCCGAAUUUGCUAGACGGGUGGCCAAGAAAUGUGGCCUCACAGAGUUUUCUCCGUCUGCUUUUCAAAUCCGCUAUGGCGGGUAUAAAGGGGUGGUGGCUGUGGAUCCUACCUCGUCAAAGAAACUGUCUUUGAGGAAGAGUAUGAGUAAAUUCGAGUCCAGGAACACGAAGCUUGAUGUUUUGGCAUGGAGCAAGUACCAACCUUGUUAUCUGAACAGACAACUAAUUAGCCUUUUGUCUACUCUCGGAGUUAGAGACGGUGUCUUUGAGAAGAAACAGAGAGAAGUUGUUGAAAAGCUCGACGCAAUCUUAACUGAUCCUUUGGAGGCUCACGAGGCUCUUGGUUUAAUGGCUCCAGGAGAGAACACAAAUAUUCUCAAGGAAUUAAUCUUGUGUGGUUAUAAACCCGACGCAGAGCCUUUUCUCUCGAUGAUGCUUCAGAAUUUCAGGGCAUCUAAGUUGUUGGAACUACGGACGAAGACACGGAUUUUCAUUCCUCGUGGAAGAUCAAUGAUGGGAUGCCUAGACGAGACCAGAACAUUGGAAUACGGUCAGGUGGUCGUGCAGUAUUCAGAUCCCACUAGGCCGGGAAAUCGAUACAACAUCACAGGACCUGUUGUUGUUGCGAAAAACCCGUGUCUGCAUCCUGGUGACGUGCGUGUUCUUCAAGCUGUCAAGGUCCCAGCUUUGAUUCAUAUGGUAGACAGCGUUGUUUUCCCGCAGAAGGGUUUGAGGCCGCAUCCAAAUGAGUGUUCCGGGAGUGAUUUAGAUGGAGAUAUAUACUUUGUAUGUUGGGAUUCUGAAUUGAUUCCACCAACAACGUCUGAACCAAUGGACUACACUCCUGAACCACCUCAGAUCUUGGAUCAUGAUGUCACAAUUGAGGAAAUUGAAGAAUACUUCACCAACUACAUUGUCAAUUAUAGUCUAGGAAUCAUUGCGAAUGCUCAUACCGCCUUUGCAGAUAAAGAACCACUAAAGGCGUUUAGUGAUCCAUGCAUUGAGCUUGCACGGAAGUUCUCAAUCGCGGUGGAUUUCCCAAAAACCGGUGUUGCAGCUGAGAUACCGCAGCAUCUUUAUGUGAAAGAGUAUCCGGAUUUCAUGGAGAAACCGGAUAAACCAACGUAUGAGUCGACAAACGUGAUUGGUAAGCUUUUUAGAGAGGUAAAAGAGCGAGCUCCACCGUUGAUCUCGAUCAGAUCGUUUACGCUUGAUGUGGCCUCGAAGUCUUAUGAUAAAGAUAUGGAAGUUGACGGAUUUGAGGAGUAUAUUGAUGAAGCCUUCUUCCACAAGGGAAACUACGAUUACAAAUUAGGUAACCUGAUGGACUAUUAUGGGAUUAAGACCGAGGCUGAGAUACUUAGUGGCGGUAUCAUGAGGAUGUCGAAGUCGUUCACCAAGAGACGGGAUGCGGAAUCGAUUGGAGUGGCUGUUCGGUCGCUGAGGAAAGAAGCUUUGUCGUGGUUCAAAGCGGCUGAAGAGGAAGAGAUGUUUGAUGAACCGGCAAAGGCUUCGGCUUGGUAUCAUGUGACGUACCAUCCAAGUUAUUGGGGAGUUUACAAUGAAGGUUUGAAACGCGACCAUUUCUUGAGCUUUGCGUGGGUUGUUCAUGAUAAGCUUGUGAGGAUCAAGAAGGCGAAUAUUGGGAGGCGUCAGCGGCAAGAAACGCUCGAGCGGUUAGGCCAUGUUCUGCGUUUGAGUUGA